CUUGGCUGCCUAUGCUUGGUCAUGUAGCUAGGAAAGUGGGAAAGGAGAAAGUAGUGGUGUCUUGGACCGGCUCUCAGCUUGUGGCUUGGAUGGACAGCCUUUCCUGGGCCAUGACAGUAGCCUGGGUGGUAGGCUUGUCUCCAGAGACUCCACAUCUUUGGGGCAAGUCAUGGCUUGGCCUCUUGUCUUCUGUCCUGGCUUUGGCCGGGAGAUGUCCAGUGGGAAAGUAUGGAGCCUCCUGUAUGUGGCCUGCAGUGGGGUUUGUUUGGGGGUAGCAUUAAAGGGCCAAGGAGUUCUGCUGAUAGUUCAUGCUGCCUGGAAAUGCCCUAGGAGCCCUUGUACUAGCCUAGUGGUCUGCUUCCUCUAUACCUAGCAAUAGCAGGGUUUACUAGGAAUAUGCCUAUGCCCACACUACUCUCACCUGGGAUGCCCAGCACUGCCUACCUUCCUGAGCCACUCUAGCCUGCAUGGAUAAGGCAAGCUCUGUCUCCUACCAAGUGUCCUGGGUGGAGUUAGUGCUUGAUUAGCUAAAAUUGAUCUGGGCCUCUGGCCAGCUGUUGAGAGUGUGGGUUUUAGCAUCAAGGGAUGCUGGGCAGCCAAGGAUAUCAGUUUCUCAAGUCAGGCUUUGCUCCAGACUUCCUGCUCCACAUGGCCAGGCCAGAGGGUACUUCGUGUCAGCCCUGCUCUUUUCAAACCAUUAAGACAAUAUUCUGAGUGUCUGCUCCCCCAUCAUAUUUGCUCACUUGUAUUGUUACUCCCAUGUUAGUAACUCCUACUGUCAGGCUGUGGUCAGGAGGAAGGUGAGCAGGCUCCCGGGCACUCAGUUCUGGUUUAAUUUGCAGGGGUUAUGGCAUGAAUCUCAGAGUGUAGGGAUGGGUGUACACAUUGCUAGGUACAGGGAAAGCAGGACCUUUGGGCUGGUACAAGCACUACCAGAGCAUUUCUAGGCAGCAGGAGGUAGAAAGUACAGGGUAGUUCACCUGAGAAUCACAGUGCAGAGAAGAGUGUUGAGCUGUGUGUGAAUGCACACAGGUAUUUCAAGGUUCCUGUGAGCUAUAGCCACAGAUGCAUGUACCCAGAGAUUACCAAGACAACUUUUAUCUGACCAUGGGAGGGUCUGUGACCCUAGAUCCCACAUCAUGGUUUGAGCCCAUGUGUAGUUGAAAACCAAUCUGAGGCUGCACUGGACCCAUGGGAACCCUAGAGUGGCUGGGUCAUGAGCCAUGCCUUCAAGUGGGAGUAGUUCAGGUGGGAGUAGGGAGCCUUUUAUCCCUGGCCUGGUCUACUGGGCCACCUUGCUGAGAGGUACAGGGCGAGAUCAUGUGUGUGUGUGUGGGGGGGGGGUUCAAGAUAGAUCAGGAGAGCUUCAUUGAGAGCAGGCUGGAAUGGCUCAGGGAGGUGUGAGUAGUGAGGGUAUGGGCCUGCUCCUAGUUCUAGGGCAAACAGGAAGGAAGGGACCCCAGAUCCAGCCCCUAGUGAUUGGUCCUUCCCUCAAAUAGGCUGGUCAGAGGCUCCCAGUGCCCAGCACCCAGGACUAUACACACUGGCCUUUAUUCUCAAGAAGCCUCUGGGGCAGACUUGCAGUCCCCCACUACCCCUGGUGGGAUUCCCAGUACAGUCUGAAGUGGGUCCUUUGUGCUGGGACCACCAUCUCAUUCUUGCAAACAAGUCCCAAGCAGCAGCAGAUAAAGGGAGGAGAAAGGCUUAAGGGCGGGCCUAUGGUGACAUCAGGGAAGGACUUUUUCUAAGUUCCAGCCUUGUCACAGCAAGACCAAGAGGCAAGAGAGGAACACUAUCCUUGGAGCAGGAGGUUAGUAACUCAUUUAUGGCCCUGGGGCUGGGUGCAUGAGGGGGCUACCAGAGAAUCCACUGGGGAGAGAUUGGGAAAAGUGCUAAGGCCCCACAAGCCGGGGGACCCAAAUGUAGCCUGGAGAGCUGAGCAUCUCCACAUCUUAUGAGAGGUUCAGAUAACAUUUGGAACUAAGGAUAUACAAAAAGGGCUGGUGGGCAGCAGAGAGGAGCUUACAUUCAUCAGCUGUGACCACUUGGCCAUGAAGUAGGGAGGGGUCUGUCUUCAGAGUGAGUCCAGAAGGCAGGGCCAUUUCUGUGGCACUUUGUAGGCAGAUGUGGCAGUGGUCCAUACCAUUGACGCCUUAGUUUAAGUUUUCUGGAUGGAUGCAUAUAUACACUCUAGAGCAGUGGUCCUCAAUUUUCCUAAUGCUGUGGCCCUUUAAAAAGUUCCUCAUGUUAUGAUGACCCUCAAUCAUGAAAUUAUUUUUUUUUGCUACUUCAUAACUAUAAUUUUGCUAUUAUGAAUCAUUAUGUAAAUACCUGUGUUUUCCAAUAAUCUUUGGUAAUACCUGUGAAAGGCUCAUUAGAUGCUCCCCUCCCACCCCGACACACACAAAAGGGUCAUAACUCCCAGGUUAACUACUGUUCUAGGGUGUAUUAGUCUGUAGCCUUCAUACUGGUCUGGGCUCUGCUCACAGAGCUGGCUUCUCUGCAGAGGGUAAUCUCGAGUAUACAGGGAAUGUGGGUGCUUUGUUCCAGGAUGGGGUGGGGAAUCUAGGUUCCUCAGGCUCACAAAUUCCAGACUGGGUCAUGCUUGUGUUCCCUCCUCCAAAAUGCCACCCUUAGGUGGUGGACUCUACCCCAUUGACCUUUCUUUCAAGCAUUGUCUCUCAACUUCUGAGAAAACUGAAGGGUUCCCCAAUACUUUUCAUCCCUACUGUGCCUGUUUCUGUUCUAAUCAGAAUUUGGUCUCACACAUCCGUUCUGCUUGAGGGCAAGCCACUGAUUGUGAUGACCUUGAUGGUAUGAAUUAAUCCAAAUCAAUCUCAGACACCAUGUUGGGCUGCUGGGGCCUCAAGGUUUUGUCACUCUGAUGUUCCCCAUUGUGUCUGUAUAUUGUGGCUGUGAACACCAGAAGGGGCAUGGGCAGGACUCCCCUGUUAAGGGAGAACUGGCUCCCUGCAGAGGGUACUUGGGGUACACAAGGAGGUUGUACAACUAAGGGUCCUUUGUUCAGUGGGAUGCCUCAGCAUGGCUUCAGUCUUCAUCAACAUCUCCAUAAUGGCAAGUCAUGAGCCUCUGGGCAUCAUACAUGUCUCUAGGGACAUCCUGCUGGUUCAUGGGACUGGAUGGAGAACUAGCUUUCUGGUCAGGGAGGGGGUAAGACAGUUCCUUAAGUGGUGAAGGGCUUUGACCUCUCCUCCCACAGGCUGCGCAGUAUGAGCCUCCAAGGCUCCUACCUCCGCUUCUGCCUCUGGAUGUUCUUGGGCACCACGUUGGCAUUGGGGCAGGGACAAGGUAAGAAGGCAAUGCCCCCAUUGCCUGCAGGAGGAACUCUGCUACAAGCCUCUGACUUGCUAUAACAGGCAUUUCCCUGUAGAGUAAAUGCCAGCCUGAGAGCUGUUACAGCAAAUAGGCAAGCUGGUAGAACAGAGGAGAGAACUCUCACUCUCCACUUUUUCCUUGACCUUGUGGUCUUUCAGCCUUGGUUAGGGAGGCUUUUUUGUCUGAGUUAUUUCAAGAUUACUGGCAUACUUCAAAUCUGAUCCUUUUUUCUAUGCUUUGCUUAAUUAUUCUGUAAACUUUUCAAUCUGGUUUCAUAUACUACACACAUGGCAUAAUAGAGAUCAAUACUCCUGCCUCCUCCCUCCCAAGAAGAAAAAGCCUUCCUAUACUGUUUUAGAAGGGUGGCACAUCUCUCUUCUCUGUACAUGUCUGGUCCCUUCCUAUUUGGCCAUUCCAGGCUCCCCCUGGGAAAGUUUCCCCUAGUAUUUCUAUGAUCUCCAAGGGAUGUGCACAGGACUUGGGGAGGGUCUGUGUUGCAGACUCCUUCCUGUGUAGCUGCUGGCUCAGGUGGGUCCCUGGAAGGCAUGUUUCUGUGUCCCCGUAGCCUUCACAUUCAUGGCUACAUCUAGCUCCCAGGAGCAAUAUGUAUGUUCUGCAUGACACCUGACUGGUUUGAAUGUGUUUCUCAUCCAAGUUAAAAGCAUAUCUUCUGCCACUACUCUCCACAGCACUGUCGGUACUUCCAACUCAGGUUUGCUUGGAGCCCAACAGACUUCAUUUUCCAGCAUGUCCUCUUAUCCAGGGAGGUACCUGCCACAUGGCAGAGUCCUCAGUUCCCUUUGUUCAGUCAGAGGAACCCCAAGGUGGGGCAUAUAGGCUGAGGUUUCAAUUAGAAGGAAGGCUUUGCUGUAUGAACAACUUAGAGUGAUUCUGCAGACCUACAAAUACUGUUCCUCCAGCUUAGGUCUCAGCAUGACAGGCUACCCAUGAGUGUCUGGGGUGGGCUGGGGCUUCAGAGACCAGCUAAGAGGUGCAGCUGAGGUUAGGGAGAGGAACAUGUGCCUGUACUGUCUCUGAGACAGAAGUUCUAAAAGCUCCUAACACACUGAGAGGAAAAAAAACAGAAGGCUCUUUAUGGGCAAGAGUGGGGACCCAUGCUCACAGCUGGCCUGUCAGAAACCCCUACCUCAUCCUGACACAUUCCUGCCUUUCAAUAGGUCAUGGUCAGAGCAGACAAGCCCAUCCGGAAAGAGUUCAUUCUGAAUGGGUCAUUGUGUCUAUCCCAGGCACUCUCAGUCUUUGCCUAUCUCUCUAUGCCCCAGCACAUGGUGAGGAGACUAGAAGAGGCCUCUGUCCCCAUUUUCCAAAAAUAGCUGUCUGCAGCACAGAGUCCGGAAGCUUCCUGGGAGGUCAGCACAGGCCCUACGGUCCCCCUCUCCCUAGUGACCAUGGGUUCCCCCUCCUUCAUGACAGAAUUACCCUGUCUUUGUUUCUUUUCCUUUUGCUGUGGCAAAAUGCUGACAAAAGCAACUUAUAGGGAAAAGGGUUAUUUUAGUUCAUGGGUCAAGGUAUAAUAAUCGUGGCAGGGAAGCCAAGGUGCAACCAGUCAUACUGAAUCCACCAUCAGAAAAAGGAGUGAAUGCUAGUGCUCAACUCACUACCCCAGUUUCUUAUAGCCCCUGCCAAGGGAAUAGCCCCAUCUACAAUUGUGUCUCUCCACAUUGUUGAUAUCAGGUAACAAAAUCAAGAUAAUCCCCCACAGGCAUCUUCAGAGUCUGAUAUUCAGGGAAUUUUAGAGUCUCUAAAGUUGACAUUACUUGCCAUCAUACUGCCAUUCCUAGUUUGAGAGCUAAAGCUUAGUAUGCAUCCCACACAUGUUCACAUUUAGGCACAGGUGUACGCAGACACAUCAUGUGUACAUUAGCAGACAGCCAUCACCAUAGUUCCAGCUGAGGUCCUACAUCCAAUCUGCCCACAUGGGAUGCGUCAUCCUAACAUGACGUUGGCAGCUUCAGGGUGUGUGUGUGUGUGUGUGUGUGUGUGUGUGUGUGUGUGUGUGUGUGUGUGUGUCUGCACAGCUGUUUCUAUAUCCCACUUGAGACCUCUAGUAUUCAUAGGGCAGACACUACCCUCUUGGGUGCUGAUGUGAUCCUCCUUUGCAGUGGUGGAAUUAGACUCCCUUCUCCUGAAGCUACCAGUGUGGCCUUGUCAUGGAAGAUCACAAGAAUGUGGCAUCUUCAUGAGGCCACAGACUCUAAAUUCACCUAGGUGGGGGUAUAUCCCCCCGUGCCUCUUAGAGAAAGGCUCCUUCUGGUUGCAGGAGGUGGUCAGUUGCUCACUGGUAAGUCUGUCUUACACCCCAACUUCCAAUCCUGUUGUUACAGUAAGUAGCCGUCUGAGGCUGGCAGUACUGCCUGAGGACCAGCUGCAGAUGAAGUGGAGGGAAACAGAGGGAAAUGGCCUUGGCUACUUGGUGCAGGUGACACCUAUGGCAGGGGACUUGGAACAGGAGCUGAUACUGACCACCAAGACCCCUAAGGCCACCGUGGGUGGCCUGAGCCCUUCCAAGAGCUACACCUUGCAGAUCUUUGAGCUCACUGACUCUGGGCCUGUCCUGCUGGCACGAAGGGAGUUUGUGAUUGAGGACCUGAAAAGCCAGUCUUUGGGCAGAGGCAGCCGGAGGCUGGCAGGAGCUACCCUGGAGCCUACCUCCUUCCCUCUGAGAGGCCCAAACUCUGAAAAAAACCCAUCUGAGCCCAGCAUUGCCUUCACCUCAAGCAGGGACCUCCCUAUUCCUGGAGUGGCCAGUAAGGAUCAGAGGAAACUCAAGCAGGGCCUUGGAGUACAAGACUCUGCUCAGACAACCACAGACCUGGAGAGGCAGAGCCACACUGCAGUCUCAGUAGGAAAGCAAGGGAAGCUAGAUGACCCCCAGUUCCAGUGUACACCCCCAACACCUGCUGAUAUAAUCUUCCUGGUGGAUGGGUCCUGGAGCAUCGGCCACAACCACUUCCAGCAGGUGAAAGACUUCCUGGCCAGCAUCAUCACACAUUUUGCAAUAGGACCAGAUAAAGUCCAAGUAGGUCUGACACAGUACAGUGGAGACCCCCAGACCGAAUGGGACUUGAACUCCUUCCACACCAAGGAGCAAGUGCUAGCAGCCGUUCACCACCUCCGCUACAAGGGAGGAAACACGUUCACAGGCCUUGCCCUAACCCAUGUGCUGGAGCAGAAUCUGAAGCCAGCAGCAGGUGUCCGUCCAGAGGCAGCCAAAAUGUUGAUUCUGGUGACAGAUGGCAAGUCCCAGGAUGAUGUGCGCACAGCUGCUAGGAUCCUUAAGGAUCAAGACACUGAUGUCUUUGUUGUUGCAGGUGUGAAGAAUGUCGAUGAGGCUGAGCUGAAGCUCUUGGCAUCGCAGCCACUGGACAUCACCGUCCACAACGUACUGGACUUCCCUCAGCUGGCCACCUUAGCUCCUCUGCUCAGCCGUCUCAUUUGCCAAAAAAUUCAGGGCAGAAGCCCAGUCAAACCACCAGCAGCAGGUACUCGGGUCCUGGACCCCCUUCCCACGCCCACCAGACUGAUCCUGACCCAUGCUACCUCAUCCAGUAUCCACUUGUCUUGGACUCCAGCCUUAUACCCACCCCUCAAGUAUCUAAUUGUAUGGCAGCCUUCUAGGGGUGGUGCCCCCAAGGAGGUGGUGGUGGAGGGGCCUGUCUCAUCCAUGGAGCUGGGAAACCUGACCUCCAACACAGAAUACUUGGUCUCUGUGCUUCCUGUCUAUGAGAGUGGGGUUGGCAAGAGCCUGCAAGGUCAGGCAACCACAGCACCCCUGUCUCCACCUGGGCCACUGACCCUAGCUGCAGUGACACCCAGAACUCUUCAUGUCACCUGGCCGCCCUCUGCUGGGGCCACUCAAUACUUGGUGCGGUACUUGCUGGCUGCCUCCACUGGGGAGGAGCAAAAGAGAGAGGUACAUGUGGGACAGCCUGAGGUACUGCUGGAUGGUCUGGAGCCUGGACAGGACUAUGAUGUCUCAGUGCAAAGCCUUCAGGGAUCAGAGGCCAGCGAGGCCCAGAGCAUCCGUGCCAGGACCUCUGUCCUGGGGCCCCCAAGACACCUGAGUUUCUCAGAUGUGCGCUACAACUCAAUCCGUGUGUCCUGGGAAGCCCAGAGGCCUGUGCGCCUGGUUAAGGUCAGCUACAUCUCCAGCGAUGGCAGCCACUCUGGGCAGACUCAGGUUCCUGGGAACAUUACUUCAGCUACUCUGGGUCCACUUUCUUCCUCUACCAUGUACACCGUCAGAGUCACCUGUUUUUACUUUGGGGGUGGUUCCUCCGUGCUAACUGGCCAUGUGACCACACAGAAGGCUCCUAGCCCUAGCCAGCUGUCUGUGAUGGAGCUCCCAGGAGAUGCAGUAAAGCUGUCAUGGUUGGCCACUGCCUUGUCUGGUGUACUUGUUUAUCAGAUCAAGUGGAUGCCCUUGGGAGAGGGGAAGGCCCAUGAGAUCUCUGUCCCAGGAACCCUUGGCACAGCCAUCUUGUCUGGCCUGAUGAAGCAUGUGGAAUAUGAGAUCACCAUCCUUGCCUACUACAGGGAUGGCACUCACAGCGACCCCGUGUCCCUCCGCUACACCCCCUCUGCAGCAAGCAGGAGCCCCCCAUCCAGUCUGGCCUUGUCCUCGGAGACCCCCAACAGCCUGCAGGUCAACUGGACACCACCAAGUGGCUCUGUCCUCCAUUACCGGCUCAACUAUGCACUGGCCUCAGGCUCUGGACCAGAGAAAUCUAUCUCUGUACCAGGCACCAGGAGCCAUGUUGUGCUUCGUGAUCUGAUGUCUGCCACCAAGUACAGGGUCCUGGUCUCAGCUGUCUAUGGAGCAGGGGAGAGCAUGGCAGUGUCUGCCACAUACCGCACAGCAGCCUGCCCAGCCCUGCACCCGGACAGUUCCCUCUCAGGGUUUGACCUGAUGGUGGCCUUUGGCCUCGUGGCAAAGGAGUAUGCCUCUAUUCGAGGGGUGGCCAUGGAGCCCUCAGUCUUGGGUUUGGUCCCAACCUUCACUCUCUUCAAGGAUGCUCAACUGAUGCGUCGGGUCAGUGACAGCUACCCGGCAACCCUGCCACCAGAACACACCAUUGUCUUCCUUGUGCGUCUACUCCCUGAGACACCCCGGGAAGCCUUUGCACUGUGGCAGAUGAUGGCUGAAGACUUCCAGCCCAUCCUCGGGGUUCUGCUGGAUGCUGGCAGAAAGUCUCUGACUUACUUCAACCAUGAUUCCAGGGCAGCCUUGCAGGAGGUCACCUUUGACCUGCAGGAUGCAAAGAAAAUCUUCUUUGGAAGCUUCCACAAGGUACAUAUAGCUGUAGGCCACUCUAAGGUCAGACUUUACGUGGACUGUCGGAAGGUGGCUGAGCGGCCCAUUGGGAAUGCCGGCAGCCCACCCACAGCUGGUUUCAUCACACUAGGGAGGCUAGCCAAGGCCAGAGGGCCACGGAGCAGCUCAGCCAUAUUCCAGCUCCAGAUGUUGCAGAUUGUGUGCAGUGAUACCUGGGCAGACAAGGACAGGUGUUGUGAGCUCCCAGCAUUGAGGGAUGGAGAGACGUGCCCAGCCUUCUCUUCAGCCUGUGCCUACUCAUCUGAGAGCCCUGGGCCACCAGGGCCCCAAGGCCCUCCGGGCCUCCCUGGAAGGAAUGGCACUCCAGGACAGCAGGGACAACCAGGGCCCAAGGGAGAGCCAGGCCCACCUGGACAAACAGGACCUGAAGGCCCUGGAGGUCAGCAGGGGUCACCAGGGACCCAGGGCCGUACAGUCCAGGGACCCAUGGGGCCACCAGGAGCCAAAGGAGAGAAGGGGAACCACGGACUCCCAGGCUUGCAGGGCCUCCCUGGCCAGCAAGGCAUCACUGGGAAAACUGGCCUACAGGGACCAAAGGGAAUGAGAGGACUGGAGGGACCUGCUGGCCAGCCUGGACCACCUGGCCCCAGGGGGUUCCAGGGCUUGGCAGGGGCCAGGGGCACCAAUGGGGAGCGAGGACCCCCAGGAGCUGUGGGUCCCACAGGUCUACCAGGGUCCAAAGGUGAACGAGGAGAGAAGGGAGAGCCACAGUCCCUUGCCACAAUCUUCCAGCUAGUGAGCCAGGCCUGCGAGUCAGCCAUACGGACACAUGUGCUGAAGCUGAAUUCCUUCCUCCAUGAGAAUGCCCGUCCCCCAAUGCCCUUCAUGGCAGAGACAGCCAAGCUAGGCAGACCCAGAUCUAUAGAUCCUGGAUUACACAAAGAGGCUCUACUUCCUGGAGACUGGGGACAUAUCCUCCACCCUGAGGACCAAGGUGAGCCCGUGGCUAUCAGCCACACAAGAAACCCUAAACUGCUGGAGGUGCAGACCCCAGAACCCCUGGAGUGAACAGGUUCAGAUAAACUUCUACUUGCUCGUCAGCUCAUGUGAGGUGUCUGAUCACUUGCUGGGAGCUGUCUCCACCACUCACACCACCUUCUCACUCAAAACUCUCCAGGAUUCUUGGGCCUCCUCAAAGCCCAGGCUCCUUCCUCUGGACCUCACCAGGACUCAGUUUGGAUGCUGUGCUGACUUCUCAUCCUUUACCCAAGGCAGCAGAUGACUACCUGGUCAUUCACUGCUCAUGUUUACCCCACUAAGGCACAAACCUGGACA